AUGCAUCACCGUAGGCCGGUUGCAGUCUUUGGAUGGCAAAAAAUGCGAGAGUAUUGCCCAUUGUGUGAAAAAAAUGGAGUCAGAACGAGUAUCAAGUGCUUCCAGGUCAACUGGAAGGAGGCCAUCUUCAUGUGCUCAUCCACAAAGUGCCCUUGGCCCAUGGAGUUGGAAGAUCUUAAAGUUAUACUGAGGCCGGUUGAUAUUUACAAAACUGUGACAGCCAUGGAAGAAAUGGCAAACAAGUAUUUCAUGAAGGAAGUAGACUUUUCCCAUGCUUUUUUAUCGACGUACACCCCACCUCAAACUCCUGAGGUUGUAAUUAAAGAUGCUACAGUUAGCACUCUAGGGCAAUGUUAUGAUUCAGUACCUGCGUCCUCGUUGACUUCAGUCGAUGUCAAAGACCAUGCGAAAAACAUUAGAGAUAUUUCUAUCAGUGUAAGCAUACCAUGUGAUAAACGUCAAACUUCUAGUAAUAAGAAUAAUACGCGUAUUAUUAAGUUGACUACUUGUUCCCAGCCAGCUAACUUUAAGCUCGAAAAACUGCGUUUGCCAAACAAAAAAUGUGUGUUCAAGGGCAUUAGUAAUAAUUUGCUCAAAUCUAAGACUAGUAUACCUAAAGAUAUAGGUAAUAAGAUUCAAGACUUACGUACCUCAUUACCUAAUAAGCCCGUAGUUGUUAAGAAUGAGCCUUGUGAUUCUAAAUUAGUUGCCCAGGCCAAUAUGUUUAGGUCAACUUUAAAAAGUAAGUCGCAAAAUUUUUUAUUUGCCAAAAAGACGUUACAGCUGAGUAAGUUUACUUUUGAAGAUUUUAAGAAAAAAAAAGAAAGUACAAUGGCUAAUAAUAUUUGUAAAGAAAGUGAUAUAGCAGUAGCUAACAAAGACAUUGAUGUAAAUACGGAGAUUAAGUUGGAUAGGGUUAAGAGCGAUGUAAAUAAUAAAGCUUUGACCAGUGAAUCGCAAAAUGCCAGUGUACUUAAGAUAAAUAGUCUAGAUAGAGAACUACCAGAACUAAAAGAUUGUCUAAAUGACAAGGAUGUUCUUGAUUUUGACCAGUUCUUUGGCACCAAUGACGAAGGUAAUGGAAGUUUGACACAUCAAGGUAUAGAAGACCCUAGUGAGUCUGAUAUCGAAAGCAUUCUCAUGAGCCUGUCGCAAGACACUCAGAUGGUUCAGGAUACCAAGAGCCUGGUCAAUUGCGAUCUACAAUACUUCAUGGCCCAGAAUUCCGAGGCUUUGAACAAUGUGCUCCAAAUGAGCGACGAUCAGGACGAUUUUGAGUGGCCGUAUCCUUAGCGUGA